AUAACAGUAUUUGCUAAAAUCAUCAAGAAGAAAAAUGUCCGUGACAUUGCAUACAGAUGUCGGUGAUAUUAAAAUUGAAGUCUUCUGUGAGAGGACACCCAAAGCCUGUGAGAAUUUCUUGGCUCUUUGUGCCAGCAAUUACUACACUGGCUGUAUAUUUCAUAGAAACAUCAAGGGUUUCAUGGUUCAAACAGGAGACCCAACAGGCACUGGACGAGGAGGUAAUAGUAUUGGGGGCAGGAAGUUUGAGGAUGAAUACAGUGAAUAUCUUAAGCACAGUGUCAGAGGUGUUGUGUCUAUGGCUAAUAAUGGCCCAAAUACCAAUGGCUCUCAGUUCUUCAUCACCUAUGGCAAGCAGCCUCACCUGGACAUGAAAUACACAGUAUUUAGAAAAGUAAUAGAUGGUCUGGAGACUCUAAAUGAGCUGGAGAAGUUGCCAGUAAAUGAGAAGACAUACCGGCCUCUUAAUAAUGUGCACAUCAAGGAUAUAACUAUUCAUGCCAAUUCGUUUGCUCAGUAGCUCUGAUGGGCCUGGAUAAUAUGUGGCAGACAGUUCAG